CCGCGCUGCUUCCAUUGUUCCCAGUUGCUCUCAGAACUUUCCCCACAGGCCCGGCAAGCCAUCCACCUGCACACGUGUGAACCUCAGUUUCCUUUGUGUGGAGCCUCAGCUGAGGGCAGCAGGAAGCUGGUCUCCCAGGAGGCGGGUGGUCCUCGCAGCCUCCAUGCCGCUCGAGGCCGAUCUUGGUUGGGGGCAGGUUGGGCCAAAGCCAGACCUUGGUGCCCGGGCUGCCGACCAGGGGCUGACGGGUACUCGGGAUGACUGGUGCCAAGGCUUUCUCUGGUGUCCGAGCUGAGGCCUGGCGGGUCCUGGACGCAGGGACGGUGCUAGACGAGCCGGCAGCCGUGGGCACGGGGGCAGGGAGUGGCCUCCCACCCUCCUCCUCCAGGCACAGAACCUGUCUGGGCAGCUCCCCACAGGGCCUGGCCUCCUGCCCUCCCCUGCCAUCGCCUGCUCACCUCUGGGCCACUGGGUCAUGGUUGCUGGGAGACGGUUGCCUGGUCACCACUGUUGUUUCCCUGGCAGAGGCUUGCACCAUCUUGUCAGGCAGGAGGGUCUUCCAUCCAUCACACCGGGGCGCCACUUCCUGCCGGUCUUUUUACCUGACCAGCCAGCACCGAGGCCGAGCGCAGAGACGCCCAACAGACAGUCCCUGCAGAAGAGGCCUCGCCCGGGACAGACGAGAUGCAGAGACGGCCCAGCCCCCAAGGGGCACCAGGCCCCACAGUCACCACAGAGACAGGAGCCGGCCACAGAAGGAAGCCCAAGACCAGGACCCCAAGAGGCACCCCUCUCCGGGCAGAGUGGGCCUGACCUCGGGCCCAGUACAAGGGCACGGGCCAUGGACUAUCCGGAGGUCCUGCAGAGGGGUCAGGGCGGUGUCUUCCCAGAGGUGCCCGCACCCCAGUGCCCACAGCCACACCCUCUUCAUCCACCACUGGGGACCCGCCUCUCGGACCCAGAUCCACACAAAGAGAGGCAAGCGGCCAAGGAUGGCAGGGGUCUUGCAGAGCUGCCCCUGGGGGCCAGGCUGGGCCCGUGAGAGAUCAAUGGGGAGCUGCCGAGAGGAGGGCCUCCUGCAUCAGCUGGGCCAGCAGGGCCGACAACAGGUUGGGGGGAGCCCUGGAAGGGUGGGAAAGUCACCCGCCGGCCCGGAGCCUCUGACGGCCCACCUGCCCGCAGACCUCCCGGACGACGCUGACGCUGCCCGGCCCCAGGCUGCCCUCCUGGAGAAGCACCUGCUGGGGGGAGAGAAGCAGCCGCCCAGCACUGGGCAGGGUCCCGUCUUCUACAUCGGAGGCACCAACGGGGCCUCAGUAAUCAGCUCCUACUGCAAGAGCAAGGGCUGGCAGCGCACCCAGGACAGCCAGCGGGAGGACUGCAAGCUGACGUGGUGCGAGGUCAAGUGCAGGGACACCUACUGCCGGUUCCGGGAAGGUGAGCAGCUGCUGUUCCAGCUCCCCAAUAACCAGCUCCUCACCACCAAGAUCGGGCUGCUCAGAGCCCUGAGGGAGCACGCGCGGGUCGUGAGCAGGACCAGCAAGCCGCCCCCGAGCACGCAGGCCAAACCUGGAAAGGACACAACACCCGCCCUGGAAGAGUUCAUGUGGACCAGCCCAGGACGCCUUGGGCCACAGAGGAUCCUGAAAAUGGAAGAAUUUUUCCCAGAGACCUACCGUCUGGACAUCAGGGACGAGAGAGAAGCCUUCUUCACCCUCUUUGAUGAAACCCAGAUGUGGAUCUGCAAGCCCACCGCUUCCAACCAGGGCAAAGGCAUCUUUCUGGUCAGGAACCGGGAGGAAGUCGCUGCCCUCCAGGCCAAGACGCAGAGCAUCGAGGACGCCCCCACGUACCACAAGAUGCCGUCCCGGGUGCCUCAGGCACGAGUCGUGCAGAGGUACAUCAAGAACCCGCUGCUGCUGGAUGGGAAGAAGUUCGACGUGCGCUCCUACCUGCUCAUCGCCUGCGCCACACCUUACAUGGUCUUCUUCGGCCAUGGCUAUGCUCGCCUCACCCUCAACCUUUAUGAUCCCUGCUCCAGUGACCUCAGUGGCCAUUUAACCAACCAGUUCAUGCAGAAGAAGAGCCCCCUCUACAUGCUGUUCAAGGAGGACACAGUGUGGAGCAUGGAGCACCUCAACCGCUACAUCAACGACAAGUUCUGCGAGACCAAGGGCCUCCCCAGAGACUGGGUCUUCACCACCUUCACGAAGCGGAUGCAGCAGAUCAUGGCCCACUGCUUCCUGGCUGUCAAAUCCAAACUCGAGUGCAAGCUGGGCUACUUUGACCUCAUUGGCUGUGACUUCCUGAUCGAUGAAAACUUCAAGGUGUGGCUGCUGGAGAUGAACUCCAACCCCGCCCUGCACACCAACUGUGAAGUCCUGAAAGAGGUGAUUCCCGCCGUGGUCACGGAGACCCUGGAUCUGGCGUUGGAGACCUUCCAGAAGAGCCUGUGCAGCCAGAAGAUGCUGCCUCUGCUGUCCCAGCGCCGCUUCGUGCUCUUGCACAACGGCGAGGCGGACCUGUGGCGCGCUCAGCGCGGAGUGAGCUGCGGGGACCCGGAGAGGGAGCCCUCUCCGGAGUCGGCGGAGGAGGAGCGCAAGAUCUAA